AUUGACCGAAAGCUUAGCUUCGAAGCAAAGCUCCGUUUCGCCGGUGAAGCAGGAAGCCUUCGCUGCAGGAACUGACCUUUACCUCUUGGAGCGGCUUCUGCAGAAAAAUCCCCGGGCAGAGAUUUGGGCGGAGUUUGCCUAGAACUAACGCGGAGCCAGCCGACCCCGGCCUACCCCGGGGCCAAGAUUUCAGUGGCUUCCCUUUUUCCUAAACACUUCACGAGGGUUUGUUUCCGGGCUGUGCUACCCGGCUAGAAGGAAAAUUUUUAGGACCCUUGUUCGCGAAGAGGUGGUGUGCGGCUGAGACCCGCGUCCUCAGGACGGUUCCAUCAGUGCCUCGAUCCUGCCCCACUGGAGGAGGAAGGCAGCCCGAACAGCGCUCACCUAACUAACAGCUGCUGAGAGCUGGGUUCCGUGGCCAUGCACCUGGGACUGCCUUGAGAAGCGUGGUACGGCCGUGUCCCCAUGUGACCUUAGAGUCCCUUUCGAAACUGCUGUGCACAGUCGGUCACAAUUUCAGACACUGAGCAAACCGCCCAGAGUAGAAGAUGGAUUGGGGCACACUGCAGACGAUCCUGGGGGGUGUGAACAAACACUCCACCAGCAUUGGAAAGAUCUGGCUCACCGUCCUCUUCAUUUUUCGCAUUAUGAUCCUCGUUGUGGCUGCGAAGGAGGUGUGGGGAGAUGAGCAGGCCGACUUUGUCUGCAACACCCUGCAGCCAGGCUGCAAGAAUGUGUGCUACGAUCACUACUUCCCCAUCUCCCACAUCCGGCUAUGGGCCCUGCAGCUGAUCUUCGUGUCCACGCCAGCGCUCCUAGUGGCCAUGCACGUGGCCUACCGGAGACAUGAGAAGAAGAGGAAGUUCAUCAAGGGGGAGAUAAAGAGUGAAUUUAAGGACAUCGAGGAGAUCAAAACUCAGAAGGUCCGCAUCGAAGGCUCCCUGUGGUGGACCUACACAAGCAGCAUCUUCUUCCGGGUCAUCUUCGAAGCCGCCUUCAUGUACGUCUUCUAUGUCAUGUACGACGGCUUCUCCAUGCAGCGGCUGGUGAAGUGCAAUGCCUGGCCUUGUCCCAACACUGUGGACUGCUUUGUGUCCCGGCCCACGGAGAAGACUGUCUUCACAGUGUUCAUGAUUGCAGUGUCUGGAAUUUGCAUCCUGCUGAAUGUCACUGAAUUAUGUUAUUUGCUAAUUAGAUAUUGUUCUGGGAAGUCAAAAAAGCCAGUUUAACGCAUUGCCCAGUUGUUAGAUUAAGAAAUAGACAGCAUGAGAGGGAUGAGGCAACCCGUGCUCAGCUGUCAAGGCUUAGUCGCCAGCAUUUCCCAACACAAAGAUUCUGAUCUUAAAUGCAACCAUUUGAAACCCCUGUAGGCCUCAGGUGAAACUCCGGAUGCCACAAUGGAGCUCUGCUCCCCUAAAGCCUCAAAACAAAGGCCUAAUUCUAUGCCUGUCUUAAUUUUCUUUCACUUAAGUUAGUUCCACUGAGACCCCGGGCUGUUAGGGGUUAUUGGUGUAAGGUACUUUCAUAUUUUAAACAGAGGAUAUCGGCAUUUGUUUCUUUCUCUGAGGACAAGAGAAAAAGGCCAGGUUCCACAGAGGACACAGAGAAGGUUUGGGUGUCCUCCUGGGGUUCUUUUUGCCAACUUUCCCCACGUUAAAGGUGAACAUUGGUUCUUUCAUUUGCUUUGGAAGUUUUAAUCUCUAACAGUGGACAAAGUUACCAGUGCCUUAAACUCUGUUACACUUUUUGUAAGUGAAAACUUUGUAGUAUGAUAGGUUAUUUUGAUGUAAAGAUGUUCUGGAUGCCAUUAUAUGUUCCCCCUGUUUCAGAGGCUCAGAUUGUGAUAUGUAAAUGGUAUGUCAUUCGCUACUAUGAUUUCAUUUGAAAUAUGGUCUUUUGAUUAUGAAUACUUUGCAGCACAGCUGAGAGGCUGUCUGUUGUAUUCAUUGUGGUCAUAGCACCUAACAACGUUGUAGCCUCAAUCGAGUGAGACAGACUAGAAGUUCCUCGUGAUGGCUUAUGAUAGCAAAUGGCCUCAUGUCAAAUAUUUAGAUGUAAUUUUGUGUAAGAAAUACAGACUGGAUGUACCACCAACUACUACCUGUAAUGACAGGCCUGUCCAACACAUCUCCCUUUUCCAUGACUGUGGUAGCCAGCAUCGGAAAGAACGCUGAUUUAAAGAGGUCGCUUGGGAAUUUUAUUGACACGGUACCAUUUAAUGGGGAGGACAAAAUGGGGCAGGGGAGGGAGAAGUUUCUGUCGUUAGAAACAGAUUUGGAAAGACUGGACUCUAAAUUCUGUUGAUUAAAGAUGAGCUUUGUCUACUUCAAAA